UAACGGCUAACGACAAUGUCAUUUGCUAAUUGCUUAUAUUUGUGAGUGAAAAAUAGAUUGUUCUCAUUAUGUGAAUAAAAGUGCAAGCGUAUGGACAAUUUUCGAUUCGAAUGCUCCGAGUUUUCUUCUUUUUACUAUCUCCAGAAUACCUUGAACGACAAACUUAAAGGAUUAACAGUUUGAAAUAUCCUAAAAAGAAAUCUCCAUCAAAUCGAGAAUGUCAUUCCGAGACCAGUCAGUCCAUCAGGAUGAAACUUGGUCUGACGGAAUGAUUGAUAUUAAGGUCGAACAAAUAAGCCUCUCCGAGGAUAUGGUUGACGUCAAACGUGAACAAAGUUCUUCUAAUGAAAUGACUGACGAUGACUUCACAUGUGAACAUUCAGCUUUCCAAUUAAAGGAGCCAAUUUUAUCUCCAGGAACAGAAAAUAUACCAGAACAUGUACGACGAGGAGGUCGACUUCCUUCCACAUUACCUACGCCCAACAGAAAUGCAGAAAAGGCUCGAGCACAACGAAAAAGGAAGAGGGAGUACAAGGAAUCACUCGAAAAGCAACUUGUCCUGAUGAGAAAGAAGAACGAAGAAAUCAGUAAUGUGGUCAAAAAAGAGGCAGCUGAUAUUAUCUUGCUGAAGUUGCGAAUCACAGAACUGCACAGCGUUUUCGACGAUCACCCCAGAAUCAGUAAGGUUUUGAAUUCUUUAAAUGAAAAUUCAAACAUGGAAAACACUACAGGAACUUAUCUGCAUGUAAGUCUCAAAAAAGAUUUACCAGAAUUAUGUGUCUCCUCGCAAAUAAGUAGGUGGAACUCAGAAAAAAGCUUACUCGACGAAUUUAUUGACACAGAACCAGAUGCCAGUUACGAACUAGCAGUUGGUGAAAGAAGAGAGUCAAAUACACUGGAAACUGAAUUCCCAUCAGAAGGUGGUAUCCAAUCCACUUCAAAAUUACAUUGUCUCAACGAAAGAGCACAGAAGGCACGAGAAAAUCGACAGAAACGAAAGGCUUAUAUGGAAAAGCUCGAAAAGGAGCUCUACCACAUUGAAAAGCAGAAUGGACACAACAGUAAAGUGGUAGAAAAGUUGAAAGCUGAUAUUAUGAGAUCGAGAGCUCAAGUCGCAUACCUUGAGAGUGUUCUCAACAAUCACGCCAGAAUUAGUGCAGUUUUGAAGUCCAUGAACGUAAUUUCAAGCGAUGAUAAUUUGCGAGUUGAAUCGUUUAACGCAGAACUUGACGACCCAUGGGAAUUAUCAGCUAAACGAAGGAAGGAGUCAAAUAUCUCUACAGAAACUGAUGUCACGCAGGAAGGUGUUCGAAGACGAGGUCGACUUCCUACGACAUUGCCUGCAACCAACAGUAAUGCAAAAAAGGCUCGACAACACCGAAUAAGGCAGAGGGAAUACCUGCAAAACCUCGAAAAGGAACUCGAGUUGGCUAAAAAGAAGAAAAAAGAGAUUAUUAAUGAUAUUAAGGCGUACGAUAUCAGGAGUUGGAGAGGUCGAGUCGCGGACCUGAAAACCCAUUUUGAACAAAAUCCAAGCAUUAGUGCACUUUUGAAGCUGAUUAAUGCAAAUAGAAGUCACAGUUUUGACAGCAUUGUUGGAAUUUGUCUGCAUAUAACUCGCAGCGGAGUUUUACUAGAAUUAUGUGCUUUCUGCCAAGGAAAAAGCUUGAAGACUGAAGAAAUUUUGCACGACAAAACGACUGAGGUUGUGUUGGAUGCCGAACCAGAAUCUAAAAGAAAAAGUGUGUUGUCAAGUAUCUCUACAGAAACAAGCACUAGACAGGAACGUGUCCAACGACGAGGUCGACUUCCUUCUAUAUUACCUGCUCCUACUUCAAAUGCAAAAGAGGCUCGAGAAAUCCGAGAAAGGAAGAAGCAAUAUUUACAGACACUGGAAAAGGAAUUCAAUCUGGUAAAACAGAAGAGUGAAGACAUCAAUAGCCUUUUCAAUAGACAGGGAGUAGAUAUAAUGAGGAUGAAAAGUCAAGUCGCCUAUCUUGAAGGCGUUCGGGACAAUCAACCUGGCAUUAGUAAACUUUUGAAGUUCAUUGAUGCGAUUAAAAGUGAACAUGAUUUCUUUCAAUGCCGGAAAAACACCGCAGGAUUUUGUUUGCACGUGAAUGGCAAUAAAGUUUCGCUAGAAUUUUGUGCGCCUUGCCAUAUGAAAAGUUUCAAGGGUAUAUGAUGCUUAUGAUAUUAGUCAUAUCAGUUUUCCCGGGGGUUUCUAAUAUAAUAAAAAGUUCAAUUCUUUUUUACCGAUAUUAUUUUUUAUAAGUUUCAGGGAAAAAAUAAUUGUUAUUGUGGAGAAAUAGCCGGGGAAACUGAUAUAGCUCACAUUAUAUCACAUUAGGAUGGUCCAACUGAUCGACAUUUAAUUUUUGGUGAAGGAUCCCCCAAUCUUUAGAGUACCGGCAAAAAAUCCCUCCAAGUUUGGACAAAUCGAUUAAUAUGAAACCAUGGCCCUUGCAAUUUUAUGAAUAACGUUUCAGUCACUCAUUAAUGUUUUGUGACAAGGAUUUUGCCCCGCAACACGGAAUUUUUUUUAAAGGUGCAAAAUACCGUAUUUUAGUGAAUUGUUGAUUUUCUUUGCACCUAAGAGUCAAAAGUGUUUGCAUAAAAAUUGAAGUAGGUAAUAUUAUGCGCAACAAUAAAAAAAUAAACUUUAGGAGUACAGUCUUUCAAAAAAGCUUGAUUUUGUCAAUUUUCUUUAAAAACCCCGUUACUUUUGGCUUCUCUGUAUCUUGGCACGGCUAGCCUCGAUUUAGUUUAACCCACAAAUACUUGCACAUACAGUUUCUCUUUUGUUCAUAUGUUGGGUAUGCUUUUCGGUCAUUUUGAGCCAAGAAAAAAAUCGUACUACGCAUUUUUAAGAAGGAAGGUGUUCAUAGCAGUUCACAGUUCAAAUUUUUCAGCUUCCUGAAAUCGAUUGAAUUGUAUCCUUUCUAGAUGUUUACAUAGUAUAAUUUAAUAAAUGUUUCCAAAAACAUUAUAAAAAACGCUACAAAACGACCGAAAUAGCAUUUGGCUUAAAUAACCUUAACAUUUAAUUUUUUUAAAUGUUUGUUUGUAAUUCAUUAACUAUUUAAAGAACAUGUCCCUUGAGAUUAUUAAGGUUGCUGAGCUUCAAAGUAUAGAAAAAUUGGUUUGCACAUCUAAAAUUGAAGUUCAUAGUUUAAACUUGUUCAGCUUUUCCUCAAAUUUAUGAAAAUGUACCCUUACCAGAUGUAUAUCUUGUGUGUUUUAAUAAAACUUAAAAAAAUACCAGGAAUCUAUCAAAGCAACUAAAAUAGCAUUUAGUCUGACGAACUUCAAGAUUUCAUUUUUAGAAAUGUUUUUUUUUUUAGUUGAGCGUCACUAUUCAAACUCCUUCGCCCUCCUGAAAUCUAUAAACUGAUACCCUUACCUAUUCAUAUUUCGUAUAGUUCUCAAGAAAAAUGAUAUUUUAAAUCAGUAGAAAUUACACUUCUUUAAUUUCAGAGAUAAAAACCUAACUAAAACUGAAAACAAACAUUUAAAAAAAUACAAUGUUAAUGUUACUUAAACUGAAUGAUAUUUUAUUCUAUUUGUAUCAUUUUUUUUAGUAUUUCAAAAAAAAAUUAUUGUAUUAAACAAUCUACAUAUAUGGAAAGGCAACAGUUUCAUAGACUUCAUGAAGCUCACAAAUUUUGAACUAUGAACUGCUAUUCAUAUUUUGCAUAAUUUUCGAGAAAAAUGAGGUUUUAAAGAGUUAAAAGUGAAAAAAAAACUUUUUUCUUAAAAAUGCAUAGUACAGCAUCAAUUAGAACAAUUUUGUGUUCAAGGAAUAAUUUUCACCCGAAAUUUUUGUUCAAAUCCCCAACCCCUUUGUACUGUGAUCAGAAAAUUACCCAAGAAAAAAAAAUAGCAGUUUUAUGUGAAAUUUAUUCUAAGGGCUGGAUUUUUUAAAAAUUAUUCAACGCCAGAUAUUUAAUACAUUUAAAUUCGAUAAGUAAUUAGGUAAUUAGUAUUUUAUAACUAACUUUCAAUUGCCUGAGCGAUUUUUAUAUGUUAACAAAUAUAAUUUUUUUCAGUAAAUAGUGAAAAGUUUGUAUUUUCUUCGAUUGAUGACACACUUAGGAAAUGUUAGGAGUAAUAUUGUUUGUUAACAUUUCUCAAUUAUGUAAACAAAUGCCAUCUUAAUUAAUUUUCUCCCCUACUAAAUUAUGAAAAGUUAAUAUCUUAUAGAAUGAAUGGCAUUCUUGUUGAGAACGCUUAAUGUUGAAGUCUUUUGGAGUCGUUUAAACAAUUUCCGCUGGUAUAAAUUCAUUUUUUCCAAAGUCACGAAAAGUUAGUAUUUUCUGGAAUCAAUAACACAAUUAAUAAAUGUUGAGAAUCAUAUUGUUUGUUUAUGACAUAUGCAGCUGUUAAAAAAAUUAAUGAUUUUUCACUUUAUUAUCCUUCUUCUUUAUACAAAUUAACUGCUUCAUUAGUCAAAAAAUAAAAAAAGUAACUCAAUAAUUUAGUGAAGUACUGACUUAAGCAAAAAUUAUUUUCUUUCAACCAUUCAGGCUUGUGGGAGACAAAACUGAUGCAAAGAAAUGAUAAUGCUCAGUAAUCCUCUAAAAUACUAUAACUUUCGACAAUUUAGUAGGAAGACAAUUUAGGCAAAUGGAAAAUAUUCAAACAAUUGCUAAAUAUUUUAAACAAAAAAUGGAAUUCCUACCAUUCAUUACAAGCAUAUCAUUAAUCCCGAAAAGUAUAAUCUUUUCGUGAUUUAUAGUGAAAAAAUAAUUUUAGAAAAAUAAUAAAUGCUUAAACAUUUAAAAAUUAGUGAAAAAGCACUUCAAAAAUGGUGUUUUACUAAAUAAUUCUAAAUAAUUUUAAGAAAAGUUUUGAAAUGACCUUUUUUGAUACGAAUUUGACAUAAAACUGCUAUUUUGUAUUUUCCUGGCCAUUUUCUGGACAUUAUACAAAGAAGUUCGGGAGUCAAAAUUAAAUCAGUAUGUGAAAAUGAUUUCUGGAUUAUUUCAUAAAAAGUUAUAGAAAUUUAAUUUAUAAAAAGUUACUAAUAUGUAGUUAUUUUCUCCAAUUUUUUAAAACCUGAGCUUUCCUUAUUUAAAAUUCCAUGUUAAGUCCAAAGGCCUGGCCGGGCCUGUAUGACUUUCUUAAUAUUAAGCGAUUUGGCCCGAAAUUCCGAGGGUAUCUUUUUACCAAGGACCAAAAAUAUUGAGGGGGAGGAAGUUUCUUUCACCAAAAAUAAAAAUUCAAUACAUCGCAUUCGUUUCCCAUGAUUUUUUUAAAAUGGCCAAUAGCAGAAUUUUUGUAACUUUGGACCUCAAUUAUAUCAACAAAAAUAGGAAAUCAAAAUGUUAGAGAUGGGUUAUUAUGAUAAUUGUCGUAAUGAUAUCUUUUGAUUUUUGUUACUGCUUAGGCCAUAUUAGCAUUUUUCAAUAUGUUGCAUAAGUAUCUUCAUAUGGUUUUCACAACUUACUAAUCCAGCAGCAGUACAAUUUAGCGUUAAAGGUAUAGAAAAAAAUGGUAUAUUCUUUUAACAUAUGUAACGCUAUAUACAUUUAUAAUUUAUAAAUCAAUUUAAGGAAUUUUAAUUGUGAUUUGGAUGAAAAAUACAAUCUAUGGUUAUUAUAUACCUUUUCUGCACGCUUUUUUUCUGUCGAGAAACGCUUAAAAAAUUACAAGUGCAAAGUUUUCAAAUGUUAUUUUCUUAAAUUUAGUUUUUUUUUUAAAUUAACUAGGAUUAGUUUAGUUUCUAGAAUCUAAUCAAAAAUAGACUUGAAGAAUUUUGUCGAUUUAAAAAAUAUAUAAAAUGACAAGUUGAUUGCAAAAUCCUUCUUUAUAUUUUUUUCUAUUUUAUUGUUUUUAAAUUUGAUUGCAAAACAAAUUUUUUAUCAUUAAAUCAAAAUUUUGAACUACUUGGACAAACAACGGAAGAUAUUAUGAAAAAUUUUUUAGUCCUUCAAAAAGGUUCUACAUGAAAGAUAUCGUAAUCUUUUACGAUAUUUUGCAUUGUUUGCCAGACAAAUUCGAGAAUUGGAUUUUUCAUAAAAAUAAAAAAAUCGAUUACACAAAAAAAAUAUGUCAAACUAAAAUCUUACAAAACUAAAAUAAGAAAAAUCGUCUGAUUUUUUUUCAAAAGGAGUUCUCGCUCUUAUCAAUGUAUUUUAUAGGAACAUUAUUAUAGACAUGUUUUCUGCUUUUUAAUUUUUCAAAUUAAGUUUUUUUUUAAUCCAGUAUUUUUUUAAAAAUAUUUUACAUAAUUCACUUGUUCUUUUGUGAUCUCUUGCAUUUUUAGGUAAUAUGCACCAAAAUAGUUGAAAAAAAAGGUAAAUUGAAAGUUCUGCUUUUUGAGUCUUCAAAGAAUUUAUGUAUUAAUUUUGUGAAAUUCACUCAGUAUUUAAAACUAGAAUUCGUUAAAAGUAAAAAAAAAACAUUAGAUUUAGAAAUAAAUUUGCAGAUUCCUACAGAAAGCAACGAAAAAGUACAUCAGGAACUUGAGGGAUUCUUUAUUUAUAUACGUAAAAACUGAGGUGCAAUUCUUUGUAAAUAUGAAGUACAUAAAAAUAUUAAAACUGUAUUGUAUUAUCUUUGGACUUCGGUAACUUAUUGUUCGUUAGCACUUUUAAAACCGUUACGUUUAAUUAAAAAAAAACUAUUUUGACAGAUGACUUUUGAAACUCACAGUUUUAAUAUUUUGUAUUUUUUAAAGCGGCUUCUAGUUGAAAAUUUUAGUUACUGAGAUUUUCUGACAUCUAUAGCUUUCGAGGAUUCGUGUCCGUGCUAAAUUUACAGGAAUUAUACAGUCAAUGAGAAACUCAGGAAUUCUGACAUAUAAAUUUAUAUUUUCACAAAUAUUUAACAAAUAAGUAUUUUCACUAAUCAGGAGCAUUUACAAUAGUGAGUAAUAGUCGUAGAUCAUGUAACGGAUUUGUCAGCCUAACAAACAAAUUGGAAAUGAAUCAUAUGCAACUAAUCACAUUGUAUAAUUAUCUUUAUGCGUUCGACUUAUCGAAGAUUUCAAUUGUUUACACUUUAUAAAUACAAAAGAAGCAAAUAAAUGGGAUUCUCUACCUAUAGUUAUAAAAAAUA